GAAAAAAACACUGAUCCACAAUCUGGCUGCAGGAGCUGUAGCAGUCAGUCAGUCAGUCAAACACCAUGAACUGACUUUAUAUCGCUCCCAGUCGAUUACAAGUUCCUAUGAAUCGAUAGGAAGUGGAUUUGACAGACUGUCAGUAUGGCAGAGGGCUUUUUGAUGGAGGUGUGUGUGGACUCUGUGGAGUCUGCUGUCAAUGCUGAACGAGGAGGUGCAGGUCGACUUGAACUGUGUUCGAGUCUUCUGGAGGGAGGGCUCACACCCAGUCUAGGUCUUCUGCAGGUAGUGAAGCAGUAUGUCAAAAUCCCAAUCUACGCAAUGAUACGGCCUCGUGGGGGGGACUUCCUGUACUCAGACCAGGAAGUGGAGGUGAUGAGGAAGGACAUAGAGCUGAUGAAGAGCCACGGGGCCGAUGGACUAGUGCUGGGAGCCCUUACAGAGGACGGACGAGUGGACGCAGAGCUCUGUAUGGAGUUACUGGCUGCUGCGCGACCUUUGCCUGUCACCUUCCACCGAGCUUUUGACAUGGUUCAUGACCCAGCGGUUGCUCUGGAGACACUGAUAUCAUUAGGGUUCCAGCGUGUAUUGACAAGUGGCUGUGAUUCCACUGCUUUGGAGGGACUCCCUCUCAUUAAACGGCUCAUUGAUCAAGCUAAAGGGAGAAUUUCCAUCAUGCCAGGAGGGGGUAUUACAGAGAGGAACCUGCAGAGAAUUUUAGAGGGGUCAGGGGCUCAGGAGUUUCACUGCUCAGCCCGCUCCGGUAAGGACUCUGCCAUGAAGUUCAGGAACACCUGUGUGACGAUGGGAGCUGCUUUCUCAGCACCUGAGUACGGCUUGAAGGUGGCAGAUGUGAGCAAAGUCCGCACUCUUAAUGCAAUAGCCAGAAAUACCUUGUGAAUGGGUAGUGGACAAUCAUGACGACAACAAAACAGAUACCUCAGUACUUCAGUUCACUGAAGCUGAAAAUAAUUAUACAUUUCAGAAUAGCCAUAGAGUUGUGUUUUUUGUUUUGUUAAUAAUCAAACAGUCCUUGUAAAGUUAAAGUUCAGGGACAGCCCCGCAACCUUAUGGAAUAUGCAGUCUAUCAAAGUAUCACAAAGUGGAGGGUGAUAAAUAAUCAACCAUUAUUUCUGUACUGUAUGUGGCCUAAAAUACUCAAUAGAUUGCUAAAUUAAAAAUUGUCUUCCAAAUAACACCAUAGGAAAAGAACUGAUCAGUGCUGUUACUUAUACAUUAUUCUUUCCAGUUGCCAUAUAGUUUACCUAUAUUCAUUUACAGCACUCCCUCUUUACAGUGGAAGAUAACGCAAAGCUGCGACCUCCUGUACUAGUUUUUACAAGAACAUUGUAACUUGAUUCAGUUUGUUCAGAAUUAAAAUUUAAAAAAUCA